ACACCAGUGUUCCCAUUAUAAAUUUUACCUUGUUCAUGAUUAUGUCUCAAAAUUUCACAAGAAAAUUUUUACUCAAUGGCUCCAGCUAGUGUACUUUCAAGAAAUGAGUUUAAGCCCACGGAUGAUGUACUCCUCCAGUUGUUCCUCUACAACAAGGUCCAUGGUAAACCCUUGCCUGAAAACGUCACCAUUCUUGAAUAUGACUUGUAUGGUGAGCAAAACCCAUGGGAGAUUUGGGAACAGUUUGGAGACUCCAAUUCAUAUGGUGGAAAGGACCUUUACUUCUUCACCACGCUAAAGAGGAAGUCUGGUCCUUGCGCACGCUCAGUUCGCACCAUUGGGUUGGGUUCAUGGGAAGGUGAAGAUGUUGGCAAGAUCAUAGUGGCUACUAAUGAUCCCCACAACAAACCCCUCGGCAUCAGGAAACGUUAUCGGUUUGAGAAGAGUGGCACUGGACAAGAUGGGAGAUGGAUCAUGCAUGAGUACAUUCUUGACUCGUCUUUAGUCCCUGAUUCUUCAGCCAAUAAUCAGGUUCUAUGUAGAUUUAGAAAGAAUUUGGCACAUAAUAUUAAGCCUAAGAAGAGUCGGAAGAAAAGUACAAGUCAAGAAGAGAGGAAGACAAGGGUCAAUACCAAGAAAAGGAAGAUUACUGUUCUUGGACUUCCAGCUACCACAGAAUCUCACACUAUUGAUAACAAUAAUGAAGUUUCACUUGGGAAUGAUAGUUGCCAAGAACUAAAAGGCCAUCCAGAGAGUGGAGACAAUACAAUGGACAUUAUUAAUGGUGAUAAUAAUGUUUCGUUGGGGAAAGAUAUUUGCCAAGAAACAACAAGUCAUCAAGAGAAAGAGAAUGGAGGCAAGAAUGAGGUGGUUGAAAAUACCAAAGGAAAUGAGUCUGCAUUUGAAGAUCAUGUAGAUGAAGAUGGAGAUCUCACAAUGUCUUGGCCAGAGUUGUUUGCACUGCAGUUGAGAACGGGAUCCUGGUUCCCAUCACAGGAACAAAUCCAGACGCUUUCCAAUACAAUCUACAAGGAUUAAUGAUUAUUUUGAAAACUAUGAUGUUAAGUACAUACUCCUAGAUACUAAACUGUUAAUAUGUAGCGGGUCUAGGACAACAUAGUCUCUGUCUUUGAUUAUACUUUAGUAUAGUUGAUUCAAUUUAAAGAAGCUUCUCAUUCAUGACCAAAUCCUCUGAAUUUUGAUUAUGGUUCUAUUUGAUUGUUGUUCACAUCUAAAUAUCUAAUGACAACAAAUGCAUAAACUUGAGAUCUGAAUGGCUUGU